UCUUCAGCUCUCUGAGUAAGCUGAACGCACACAUCAGCUCCCAAAACUUUGCAGCUGCUCCCAGAACCGCUGCAUCCACACACCUGAAGCCAUGGCUGCCGUCCAGGCCUCCCUCUCCGUGUCUCAGUUCUCCGGCCUGAAGGCCCUUCCCCAGAAGGCCUCCAGCCUGAAGACCAAGACCAGCUUCGCUGUGUCCAAGGCUCGCACCACCUGCGCGAUUGACGCCGCGCCCGUGAUCUGCGGUGCCACAGCCCUGCUUCUGGCCGCCGGCCGCUUUGGCUUCAACGACUACCACAAGAACUCCCUGAAGCGGGCGGGUCUCCCCGUGCAGAACGGUGUGUCCCACGCCGCUGCCGGUAGCUCCGGUGCGGAGGAGGCCGAGCUUUUCACCAAGACCAACGACCCCGCUGGCUUCACCCUUGCUGACACCCUUGCAUGGGGCGCUCUUGGACACGCUUUCGGCUUCGCCCUUCUCGCCGUCGCUAACAACGGCUACCAGUGGGGGCUUUAAAUGAUAGUACUUGUGGAUCCGCAUCUUACGUAAAUGGAUGUGUACAUUCCCUAAAUUGAAAACGUUUUUCUGGUUCUCUUUUUUUGCCAUAUAAAUGGCUAUCAGCAGUUCUUGGUGACGUUGAUGAUCGAUGCCUCGAUUCACCAGUGGUGCUGAAAGGGGUUUGGUGAAAGGGGUUUGGUGCUGGUAAUGAGAAGGGUGUGCGAGUUGGUGUGGACUCAGAUCUUCCCACUUACAAUCGCCGGAGGGUCGCCCAGAUGCGGUUUCUCCUCACGUAGGUCAAGCUGGACUAGGGGGAGCAAUGUGCGUUGCAUUUUAGAGGACUGAUUAUUACCCUAGUAGCAAGGGUGUGACCUGUAUGUACAUUAGAACUAUCUUAGCAAGCAGAUUGUUGGGCUGAGAAAAGCCCUUGGGAUCUUUUCUG